GGGGAGAGAGAAAAGUGCAGGGAGGGAGAGAGAGAAAAGUGCAGGGAGGGAGAGAGAGAAAAGUGCAGGGAGUGUGAGAGAGAAGAGGGCAGUGAGGGAGAGAGAGAAAAGUGCAGGGAGAGAGAGAGAGAGAAAAGUGCAGGGAGGGAGAGAGAGAAAAGUGCAGGGAGGGAGAGAGAGAAAAGUGAAGGGGGGGGAGAGAGAGAAAAGUGCAGGGAGGGAGAGAGAGAAAAGUGCAGGGAGGGAGAGAGAGAAGAGUGCAGGGAGGGAGAGAGAGAAAAGUGCAGGGAGGGAGAGAGAAAAGUGCAGGGAGGGAGAGAGAGAAAAGUGCAGGGAGGGAGAGAGAGAAAAGUGCAGGGAGGGAGAGAGAGAAAAGUGCAGGGAGGGAGAGAGAGAAAAGUGCAGGGAGGGAGAAGAGAAAAGUGCGGGGGGGGAGAGAGAGAAAAGUUCAAGGAGGGAGAGAGAGAAAAGUGCAGGGAGGGAGAGAGAGAAGAGUGCAGGGAGGGAGAGAGAGGAAAGUGCGGGGAGGGAGAGAGAGAAAGUGCAGGGAGGGAGAGAGAGAAAAGUGCCAAGGAGGGAGAGAGAUAGGAGUGCAGAGAGGGAGAGAGAGAAGAGAGCAGGGAGGGAGAGAGAAGGGAGUGCUGGGAGGGUGAGAGAGAAGAGAGCAGGGAGGGAGAGAGAAAGGAGUGCAGGGAGGGAGAGACCAGGGUGCAGGGAGGGAGCGGGUCCCCGCCAUUGGGGGAAGGACUUUGUAACCCACGGCCCAUGAGGAAGGAGGGAAUAGUUGUG